UUAACAUAACCACAAAAAUGUGAACAUAACCUCUAGAAAAAUGGAUACAGAAAGUUCUAAAAGGCCUCAUUUUGGUAAUCGUUUCUUAAUAAAUGAAGAAGACGUUUUCCAACAUAAUGCUUGGUAGGCACUACAGUUUAAUAACAUUAAUCAAAUUUUGCCAUACAAAAUAUCGCAAAAAACCAUUGCAUGGAUCGAGAUACUUACUGGAUGCACAGAAAGUAUUUGAAUUUAAUGCAUGGGACGACGUCGAGUGGGACGCCAUUCAGGAAGCAGAGGCGCAAAAGAAGGUGACUCUGAAUAGUACCACUAAAUUAGAUCGUGUCAAAGCAGAAACGUAUGAGAGAGACGCAUCGAAGCACUGGGACGCCUUUUAUAACAUACACACGAACAGAUUCUUCAAAGACAGGCAUUGGUUAUUUACAGAAUUUCCCGAACUAAAUUUUAGUACGUCUGACGAGCAACCCAAAACGGUUUUCGAGUUAGGCUGUGGAGUCGGCAAUACCGUUUUCCCUAUACUGCAGUAUUCGAAGGAGAGAAAUGUGUUUGUGUACUGUUGCGAUUUUUCAUCGCAGGCGAUCGAUUUGCUUCGUGAGAAUCCUGAGUACCACGCAGAUCGAUGUAACGCAUUUGCUUUGGAUGCGACUGCGGAAAAUUGGUGCGUUCCCUUUGAAGAAAACUCUCUGGAUAUUGUUGUGCUAAUUUUUGUGUUAUCUGCAAUUAAACCCGAGAAAGUCGUCUCCAUCAUGAAGAAGUUGUAUCGGUAUGUAAAACCAGGGGGAAUGGUACUGUUUAGAGAUUACGGUCGGUAUGAUUUGGCACAGUUGAGAUUUAAGCCGGGCCAGUGCUUGGAGGAGAAUUUUUAUGUAAGAGGGGAUGGAACACAGGCGUAUUUCUUUACUGAAGAUGAGGUGAAGAAUUUAUUUGAAAGGGUUGGAUUUGUUAAAGAAGAAAUACAUGUUGACAGGAGGCUGCAAGUCAAUAGGGGAAGAAUGUUAAAAAUGUAUCGAGUUUGGAUUCAAGCAAAAUAUAAGAAACCUUUGUGAUACAAAUUCUUGUUUUAUAUAGCUAUUUAGGACUAUUUUAAAGGGUGUCAAUUAUGUGCAUCUAUUGAACCUGCGCAGCAUGUCCAACUGGACCUGUACAUUUCACUUAACUUUUUAAAAUAAAUUCAAUAUUGUUUGUU